UACCGGUGGCCAUAAAGGAACAGUAGAAUAUGACACAGUUCUUAUGACUGUCCCAGAUGUGACAUCAUUUUGCACUUCAUUCCAAACACUGGUCCUGGAGGAUUUUAGUAAUGAAGCAAUUGUUGUCGCUAAGACAACUGACCUUGAAAGCAUAACUGUGAACAAAGCUUCUCUGCGGGACGUCAGGUGGAACAAAAUUCAAGGAACUGAAUAUUCUUGGGGGGAGUUUCCACUGACAUCUAGCUCCAGCCAACACGUGGUUGAAAGCAGCAAAAGUCCCUUUAGUCUGAGUGUUUUUGGGAUCUCCAACUUAAAUGCAUUCGGAGAGGGUGCUACUUGUCUUGGUGGCUCCUCCCGACCAUCAUGCAGCCAAGUCACCUGCAGGAAGAAAGAAGUCUGUAAAAUCGAUCAUGGUAAAGCCACCUGCCAGGGAACAGGAGAAGCCACGUGCUGGGCAUGGGGAGACCCCCAUUACCACACAUUUGAUGGGAAGAACUAUGAUUUCCAGGGUACAUGCUCUUACAUCAUGUCCAAAACCUGUGAUCCUGACCUUCCUUUCUUUAAUAUUGAGACCAUGAAUGAAAAUCGAGGUUCAUCUCUUGUAUCGUACCUCAAAUCCAUCAACAUCCAGGUCUACAAUUAUAAUAUCACAGGCAUCAGGUCGGAAUUUGGAGUAGUGAGGGUAAAUAAUCAGCUGGUUCAGCUUCCUCUUAACUUGAAUAACAAUAAGCUGAUAUUAUUGCAAAGUGGAACUUCCUUAAUUCUCAAGACAGAUUUUAAGCUCAAAGUCAUUUACGACUGGAACAUUCUCCUGAAAAUUACUGUUCCUAGCACUUAUUAUGGCUCUGUUUGUGGUCUUUGUGGAAAUUACAAUGAUAACCCAAAGGAUGACCUUUCCAAAGAUGGAGAGACUUUAACCCCAAUAGCCUAUGGCCAAGUUUGGAAGGUGAAAGAGACCAGCGAAACAAACUGCCAUGAUGACUGUAAUGGAGAAUGUGUGACCUGCACUAAUGACAAGAAGAAACUCUAUGGUAAAAACCAGUACUGUGGCAUUCUCACCCAGAGUAAUGGGCCAUUUAAAGCUUGCCGCGACAAAGUUGAUUCCAUAUACAAGGACAACUGUGUAUACGAUAUGUGCCUCAAUAAUGGAUACAAACAGAUCUUGUGCCAGACAUUAAAGACCUACAGUGAUGCAUGCGCCAGGGAAGGCAUACAAGUUGAAGACUGGAGAAAUAUAACCGAUUGCCCUAUGGAUUGUCCUGAUAACAGCACAUAUAACCCAUGUGGAAGUGCUUGCCCAGCUACAUGUCUGGACCCAAAUGCUCCGUCCACAUGCACAGAACCUUGUCUCGAAGUCUGUGAGUGUGAUCCAGGAUUCGUGAUGAUUGAAGGAGAAUGUCAACCAAAGAAAAACUGCGGCUGCUUCUACAAAGGUCGUUCCAUCAGUCCAGGUGACUCAUUUUGGGACGAUCCCGACUGCAGCAGAAAAUGUUUUUGUAAUCCAAUUACUCGCAAAGUCGAAUGCAACAAUACUAAGUGUUCAAAUGGAGAAAAGUGUUUGGUCAUUGAUGGAAUCCAAGAUUGUUAUCCGACCAAAUACAAAACUUGCUCGGCUUCAGGAGAUCCUCACUAUGUUACCUUUGAUGACUUCCAUUACGACUUCCAGGGAUCAUGCCAGUACCUGCUGUCAGGGCUUUGUAUGAAGAGAAAUGAUUUAUCUGACUUUGAGGUCACUGUACUCAAUCAGAAUCAGGGAAGUCUCCUUGUCUCUUAUACCACUGCUGUCACCUUCAAGAUAUUUGGAAUAGAGAUUCAAAUCCGCAGAGAAUUCCCAGCAACAGUUUUGGUGGAUGGAAUAAAGUCUAACAUUCCAUUGAAAUGGAAAACAAAGCUUGGUAAUAUUGACAUCUUUCAGUCUGGGAGACAAUGUAUUGUUCAGACGAAUAUUGGAAUCCGGGUGACAUUUGACUGGGAGGCGCGAGUCGGUGUGACGCUUCCCUCAACAUACUCUGGAUCCGUGUGUGGCCUGUGUGGAAACUAUAAUGGUAAUCCUAUGGAUGACCUGAAAGAUCGCGAUGGUAAUCUUCAGCCUGAUCUUCCUUUGUUUGGUCACAGCUGGAGAAAAGGUCAAAAUGCCGACCAAUGCAUAAUUCCCAAGGAAAUUAACUGCACUGGUCUUCUACACCUGGAACAAGAGCAGAAGAAGACCCUGCAAGAGUGUGGCAUGGUGCUUGACACAAAGGGUCCUUUCAGAGAUUGCCAUUCUAAAAUUAAUCCUGAAUCUUACUUUAAAGACUGUGUUUAUGACAUGUGUGCAUAUGGUAAAAGGCAAGAUCUCAUCUGUAGACUACUGACCGGUUAUGUUGCUGCAUGUCAGGAUGCUGGGGCUGUCAUCUAUAACUGGAGGUCGGACUUUGUCUGUCCCAUGUCGUGCCCACUGAACAGCAGAUACAAUGUGUGUGUCAGCAGAUGUCCUUCCACCUGCCUCUCUUUGUCAUUGUCCACAAAAUGUGACAACUUAUGCAGGGAAGGCUGUGACUGUCAGGCGGGCUAUGUUCUCAGUGGUACUGAGUGUGUUCCCUUGUCCCAAUGUGGAUGUCUCUACAACUCCCAAUAUUUCAAGCCAGGGGACAUUUUCUAUCCAGAAAACACUUGUGAAAACAAAUGUACCUGCAACAAUGGAGGGACUGUGACCUGCGCGCCCACUUCGUGUGGUCCCUAUGAAAAAUGUAGCAUUGUUAAGGGGGUGCAAAGUUGCAAUCCUGUGGGAAAAGCUGUGUGUUCAUCCAUUGGGAGAACAACCUUCAAUACAUUUGAUAAUUUUGGAUAUGAUUUCAAUGGAAACUGCUCUUACGUACUAUCAGAGACCUGCCUGACUGAAGGGUCACAGCUGACUCCUUAUGUUAUUAGGAUCAGGAACAUAGACGGCUCAGUUUCCACAAGCAAGAAAGUCAUACUUGAAGUCUACAACUAUACUGUCACUUUUUUACAAGGAAAUGAAAACAAAAUUUUGGUAAAUGAUAUCAUUCGAAAUCUCCCAUUUGAGCUGGAAGGCAGUAGCCUCAGGGCUGACUAUGAGGGUGGAGGACUCAUCCUUAAAACCAACUUUGGCUUAAUCGUCACUGUAGACAAUGCUGUUCAUAUAACCAUACCCGCGACCUAUCACAAGCAGACAUGUGGUCUGUGUGGAAACUACAAUGAUGACAUCAAAGACGAUCUUAGUCCAUAUGAUGACGAUGCUGAAUCAUUUGCGGAUUCUUGGAAGGAACCAGAAGAAUUCUGUGCUACAAAUAAAAUUUGCACAGGUGUGAACCAAACAUGCCCUGACUGUCCCCGAUCAUUACGCAAGAUGCUUUCUGGGGAAAAUUUCUGUGGAAUUCUGUCUUCUCCAAGUGGGCCUUUCUCACCGUGUCAUGCCACAAUUGACUCUAAAGUCUACCGGACAAGCUGUGUAAAUACACUAUGCACAAAGACUGGAGAACUUUGUACAAUUCUUCAAGGCUAUGCAAAACUUUGUCAGGACGCGGGUAUAGCUAUUAAACCAUGGAGGACACCAAGCUUUUGUCCAUACACCUGCUCCCAGGAGAACAGUCAUUAUGAGCAGUGUGCCGAUGUUUGCUCCACCAGCUGCUCUUCCCUCUAUGAUCUUACCAUCUGCCCCACAACCUGCUCAGAGGGCUGCCAGUGUGACACGGGCUACUUCUUCCAAAAUGGUCUCUGUGUGACCCCAGACUUGUGUGACCGAUGCAUCUUAAACUCCACAUUUUACAGGGUCAAUCAAACCAUCAUCUCAGAAGACUGCAGCCAGUCCUGUACUUGUACUUCCCAACAUGUGAUGGUCUGUGAGCUACACAGCUGUGCUUCUGAUGAAAUCUGUACAGUCCUAGAUGGACAAGUCCAAUGUAUUAAUAAAGAUCCUUGUAAGUCAGUUACAUGCAGAAACAAAGAGCACUGUGAGACCAAUGAUGGUAAUGUUCCAGUUUGUGUUCCUGACUAUACAAAAUCGUGCACUGUAUGGGGAGAUCCUCACUUUACAACCUUUGAUGGAUACAACUUUGACUUCCAUGGCACUUGCACAUAUAUCUUGGCUGCAUAUGUUGGUUCUGAUGCAACCUUGGAGUAUUUCCGUAUUGAAGAAAGGAAUGACAACAGAGGAAAUCCGUCAUCCUCUUCCGUCAGACUGAUCAAUAUCUUUGCAUACAACUUCAACAUGUCUAUGUUGAAAGAUGAACUUGGACAAGUUCGACUAAACGGUGAAAUUCUGAAUCUUCCUCUUAUUAAUGACAAAUUCACCAUUGCUCAAAGUGGACCAUCCGCAGUCCUGAAGACGGCCUUUGGCCUUAGGGUUGAAUAUGAUUAUGACUCGCAUGUGGAAAUCACCAUCCCCAGUACCUAUCAUGCCACCAUUGGAGGUCUCUGUGGAAACUUCAAUGGCAACUCUCGAGAUGACAAAGUAUCUCCUGACAACAAACAAAUGACAGUGAUAACCAAGUGGGCAAUGUCAUGGAAAGUAUCUGAUGGAGAUGAUUUCUGCUGGGACAUUUGUCAUGGAAACUGUGCUGAAUGCAACGAAACUCUAAAGACCCUCUAUGAAGGAGAAGAGUACUGUGGCCUUCUUGAGUCUGACGAUGGGCCUUUCAAAGAUUGCUAUGACACAGUCCGCCCUGGAGUAUUCUUUAACAACUGUAUUAAAGAUGUUUGUAGUCACGAUGGCCUUGGCCUGUGUCAGGCUUUUGAAGCCUAUGUUACUGCAUGUAGAAAAGAAGGAGUACUCAUCCAGGACUGGAGAAACAUCACAGGAUGCAAUAUGAAUUGCCCACAGAACAGUCACUAUCAAUUUUGUGGCACUGCCUGCCAGGCCACUUGCUUAGACAAAACCUCUCCAGACAGAUGCACAGAACCAUGCCGGGAGACAUGCCAAUGCAAUGAGGGAUUUGUUUUUAGUGCUGGACAGUGUAUUGAUGUCACCACCUGUGGUUGUGUUUAUAAGGAUCUUUAUUACAAGCCAAACCAAGAGUUCUGGCUUGAUGAUAAGUGCAGUGUUCAUUGUAAGUGUGACCCCAUUCUUGGAAUGGUAGUGUGCAAAGAGAACAAAUGCCAAGACACGGAAAGAUGUAUGCUGAGAGGUGGGGUCCGGGACUGUUAUCCAGUAAGUUACUCCACAUGCAUAAGCACAGGAGAUCCCCACUAUACAACAUUUGAUGGAAGGAAGUAUGACUUCAUGGGGACAUGUACCUACCAGCUGACUGGAUUGUGCCCUUCUGUGAAUCCAAACCUCACCCCUUUUCAAGUCAAAGUUCAAAAUGAUAGAAGGGCAAGCAAAACUGUUUCCUACACGAAGUCGCUGACCCUGGAAGUGUACAAUCAAACCAUCACAUUGACCAGGGAAUAUCCACAUAGAGUUUUGGUUAAUGGAGUGGCCAAAUUUCUCCCUUGGUCCCUGGAAUCCAACAGAAUCAAAGCGUUUAUGAGAGGAGAACAUGCUUUUAUCAGAACUGAUUUUGAGAUAACCAUCAAUUACAACUGGGAAAAUUAUGGCCGAGUCAUGGUGCCCAACACUUAUGCUGAAGUCCUCUGUGGUUUAUGUGGGAACUUCAAUCAGGAUCCUAGUGAUGACUUGACCCCGAAAGGCACCGAAGAAGAUUCAAAUAAGUUUGAAGAAAAGUAUAGGGUCGGGGAAGAAACAGAAUGUAAAGCCGGGUGUGUGGUAGAGUGCCCAGACUGCAGUACAGAUGAUACACUUAAGUACUCUGAUAAAAAGUAUUGUGGCAUUAUCAAGAUGCCGGACGGACCUUUUAGUCAAUGCUUUGAUGUCAUCGACCCUACAUCAUAUUUUACUGACUGCCUAUAUGAUAGCUGUCUAUCUGGAGGUCAGUAUUCAGCCAUAUGUGGAGCCCUUGCUCGGUAUGUCUCUGAAUGUCAAGAAAAGGGAGUCUCCAUUGACAACUGGAGAAAAUAUACUAUAUGUGAGCCGAUCUGCCCUCCGAAUAGUCAUUAUGAGAUCUGCGGACCCGGAUGUCAUGCAACAUGUUCAAACCUGAACUCUGCCUCUGACUGCCAGAAGUUCUGCACGGAGGGGUGCUAUUGUGACAGUGGCUUCGUGCUCAGUGGAGAUACAUGUGUUCCCUUUUCUGAAUGUGGCUGUGACUACAAUGGUACUUAUUAUCAGAGAGGUCAGACCUUUUUUUGGGACAAACAAUGCAAUGAGCAGUGCCAAUGUACAGAUAAUGGAUUGGUGGAAUGUCAGGCAGCAUCCUGUAACUCCAAUGAAGAAUGUAAUAUAGUCAAUGGAGCCAUUGGUUGUCAUUCUAAGACUACAAAAACUUGCCUGAUGACUGGGAACCGACACUUUGCUACGUUUGAUGGCCUAAACUACAACCUUCAGCACUCAUGCUCCUACACCUUGACUGAGGUUUGCGAAGACUUAAAACUUGAGAACUUUUCUAUAGUGGCCCGGAGUGGAGGUUUUGAAAGAGACAACAUAGUAGGGACACAAUCAUUGCAAGUGAAUGUGCAUGGGUAUGAGAUUAUCAUUGAUCGGGAGGCACAGUGGACAGUGAAGGUCAAUGAGGAAAGCCGCAUCUUACCUCUCAUUCUGGGAAAGGGUAAUGUUGAAAUUCAUCAAGAAGGGUCCAGUAUUGUCCUCCAGACUGAUUUUGAGGUGGUUGUUCGCUACGAUACUAUAAACUCUGUUCACAUCACAGUUCCUUCUGCCUACAAAGGUGCAAUGUGUGGCCUGUGUGGUGACUUUAAUGGUCACUUUGAUGAUGACUUACGUCUACCCUCUGGCCAGAUAACUGCUACUGCUGAGGAAUUUGGGACAGCUUGGAGCACAAAUGGGCACUGUUACUGUAAAGAUAACUGCAAUGGUUGUGAAGACAUGAGGACAGCGAUAUUCAGCAGAGACAAGGCUUGUGGGUUGUUGCUGAAGGAAGAUGGACCAUUUUCUGACUGUUAUGGACUAGUCAACGUGACCAGCUAUUUUAACCAAUGUUUGUUUGAUAUGUGUGCAAGUGAUGGUCAAGCAAAGAUCCUAUGUCAAAGCCUUCAAGCUUAUGUUACAGUUUGCCAGGCAUCGGGGGCCAAAAUACAGUCUUGGAGGUCAUCCAAUUUCUGCAGUUUGGAGUGUCCACUGAACAGUCAUUAUGAGUUGUGCACUCACACUUGUGAUGUUUCGUGUUCUGCUGUCUCCGCACCAGCUUCUUGCACUGAGGAAUGCUCGGAGGGUUGUCAGUGUGAUGACGGAUACCUUUUUGAUGCAAAUCGUUGUGUGUCCAUGGAAAACUGUGGAUGCUUUCACAAAGGAAGAUACUAUAAUCUUGGAGAUUCGGUUGUGUCCACUGACUGUCUUCAGCAAUGCACGUGUUAUAAUGGUGGCAUUGUUGAGUGCAUUCAGUUUAACUGUUCAGAUGCUGAGUACUGUGGUCUUCAGGAAGGAAAACAAGGAUGCUUUAACAAACGUGGCACAUGUUCAUUAAGUGGUAGCGGCAGCCUGGUGUCAUUUGACAAUUUAGCUGGGUCUGUGGUCCCUGACAACACCUUUGACUUCGCCACUGUCUGCCAUGAUGCCGAGAGUUGGUUCCGAAUUGUUGUCAUUACGCAGAGUUGUGCGGCCCGUGAUAAGUUUGAUGUCUCCGCAGUCCAUGUCUACUUCUCUGAAUUCUCGGUGGCUCUGCGUCCUGAUGGAAAGGCUUGGCUGAAUGGACGGACAGUGAGUCUUCCCCUGAUGUCUGGGGCUGUGACCAUAGAGUCCACACAAGGAGGAUUUCUGAUAAAACGUGGAGAGGACUUUGAGUUCACGAUGGGUGAAUCUGGAGACCUGACCCUCAAUGUGCACCAAAAAUUCUUGGGAUCCCUCUGCGGAGCUUGUGGAAACUUUAAUAGAAAGAAAUCCGAUGAUCUUCAGACUCUGGGAGGAAAGUCACUUCCCAACUUCUCUGAGUUCAUCAUCUCUCUGACAGCUCAAGACUUUACUGGAUGCGACUCCGGGAAAUGAAAUGAAUUCUCAGACGAGGGAAAUUUCUCUGAAGACGCCCCUUAAUCCCCUUCUGUAAUCUUUUACUAUCAAUCUUCUUGUGCUAUAAAGAAAAUCAUAAACAAUGAUGGUGAAA